CCCGCCCGGCCCCGCCAUGAAGCUGCCGCGGCGCGCGUGGCGGCGCCGCGCGGCGCUGGCCCUGGGCGGCCUGGCGCUGGGCGGCGCCGCGCUGCUCUACCUGGCGCGCUGCGCGGCCGACGCGCCCCGCGCCACGCCCGCACCCGCGCCCGCCGCCAACGCCUUCCUGGCCGUGCUGGUGGCCAGCGCGCCGCGCGCGACCGAGCGCCGCGCCGCCAUCCGUAGCACGUGGCUGGCGGCGGCGCGGCGCGGGCCGCCCGGGGCCGUGUGGGCGCGCUUCGCCGUGGGCACGCGCGGCCUGGGCGCCGGCGAGCGGCGCGCGCUGGAGCGCGAGCAGGCGCGCCACGGGGACCUGCUGCUGCUGCCCGCGCUGCGCGACGCCUACGAGAACCUCACGGCCAAGGUGCUGGCCAUGCUCAGCUGGCUGGACGAGCACGUGGCCUUCGAGUUCGUGCUCAAGGCGGACGACGACUCGUUCGUGCGGCUGGACGCCAUGCUGGCCGAGCUGCGCGCGCGCGAUCCCGCGAGGCGCCGCCGCCUCUACUGGGGCUUCUUCUCUGGCCGCGGGCGCGUGAAGCCGGGGGGCCGCUGGCGCGAGGCCUCCUGGCAGCUCUGCGACUACUACCUGCCCUACGCGCUGGGCGGCGGCUACGUGCUCUCGGCCGACCUGGUGCACUACCUGCGCCUUAGCCGCGCCUACCUGCGCGCCUGGCACAGUGAGGACGUGUCGCUGGGCGCCUGGCUGGCGCCCGUGGACGUGCAGCGCGAGCACGACCCGCGCUUCGAUACCGAGUACCGGUCCCGCGGCUGCAGCAACCAGUAUCUGGUCACGCACAAGCAGAGCCCGGAGGACAUGCUGGAGAAGGCACGCACGCUGGCCCGCCUCGGCCGCCUGUGCGAGCACGAGGUGCAGCUGCGCCUGUCCUACGAGUACGACUGGUCAGCGCCGCCGUCGCAGUGCUGCCAGCGGAAGGAGGGCAUCCCCUGAGCAGCCGCCGACCCCCCGGAGCGGCCCGCGCAAGCCCCAGCUGAGAGAGGAGAGGAGUGGG